AUGGAGCAAAUAUUGUCAGGAUGUAGUAACACCCUGAAUUAUAUUGAUGACAUCGUUGUCUUUGGGUCGUCGGAGGAGGAACAUGAUAAAUCCCUACAGGAGGUUCUAAAAACACUAAAGGAACAUGGAGUACUGUUGAAUCAGGAGAAAUGUGUUUUUAAGGUGUGCCAGUUGGAAUUUUUGGGACACCAAUUGUCUGAGAAGGGGAUAAAUCCUACUGAGAGCAAAGUUGAGGCGAUUCGGAAGUUUCGAUCUCCAAAGUCCAAGGAAGAACUGCGAAGCUUUCUCAGGUUGGUAACAUAUGUGAGUCGGUUCCUACCAGAUUGCUCUACUGUCACACACACUCUGAGAUUAUUGCUCAAUAAGGAUACCUUAUUUGAGUGGAAGGAGAUCCACGAGAAGGCAUUUCAAGCUGUGAAGGAGAUGAUGAGCAAUGCGGAAACUCUCAGUUACUUUGACAAUACAUUGCUCACCAGGGUUAUCGCGGACGCUUCUCCAGUUGCUCUUGGUGCUGUUUUAGUACAAAUUGACAGCAGAAAUGAGGAUAAAAUACACAUUAUUGCAUACGCUAGCAAAAGUUUGUCGGAUACAGAGCGGCGAUAUUGUCAGACUGAGCGUGAAGCAUUGGCAUUAGUAUGGGCAGUUGAAAAAUUCAGUGUCUAUUUGAUUGGACGAGUGUUUGAACUUGUAACAGAUCACAAACCACUUGAGAUUAUUUUCAAACCGACCACCAAACCCUGCGCGAGAAUUGAAAGGUGGCUUCUAAGGCUGCAAUCCGUCAGGUUUAAAGUAAUCUACAAGAAAGGAUCCAUGAACAUUGCUGAUUCUCUUUCACGGUUGACGGAAAGCAGGGAUUCGAAAGGGUUUGAUAAGGAGAAUAAAUUCUUUAUCAGAGCAGUCAUUGAAUCAGCAGCCAUUGACAUUUCGGAGAUUGAGGAAGCUUCCAGGAAUGACACGGAGUUCCAUGUGGUACGUCAGUGUUUGGAAACGGAUCAAUGGCACGCGCCUGAAGUGAAAUUGUACCAACAUUUCAAGAUGGAACUCAGCUGCAUCGGAGAUAUUCUCAUCAGAGGAACAAAAGUUGUGGUACCUACCUCUUUGAGGCAACGUAUGCUGCAACUUGCUCACGAAGGACAUCCAGGAGAAACCACGAUGAAACGCCGAUUGAGAGAUAGAGUGUGGUGGCCUGGAAUGGACACAGAGGUAACUAAGUUUGUGAGGAGCUGCAAAGGAUGUCUGGUGUCUACUCCGUCCAAACCGGAACCGAUGGUACGCAGGCAGCUUCCACAAGGACCCUGGAUUGAUAUAGCAGUAGAUUUCAUGGGACCUCUACCUACUGGAGAAUAUCUGUUCGUCAUUGUCGACUACUUCAGUCGUUAUAAAGAAGUAGAAGUUAUGAUGAAGAUUACUGCUAAGGAAACAAUCAGGCGGUUGGAGAGAAUUUUCGUGAGAAUGGGUUACCCUAGAACAAUAACGCUGGACAAUGCCAAACAAUUCCUCAGUGAAGAGUUUGAGACCUUCUGCAAACAGCGAGCUAUCACCGUGAACAGAACGAUACCUUACUGGCCACAGCAGAAUGGGGAAGUGGAACGCCAAAAUAGAUCGUUGGUGAAGCGCUUAAAAAUCAGUCAGGCAUUGAAACGUGAUUGGAAGAGUGAUUUGCAAGAAUAUCUUCUAAUGUAUUAUACGACGCCUCAUGCUACAACCGGAAAAACCCCAACAGAACUCUGUUUUGGACGUAACAUUCGGGGUAAGAUUCCUGCAUUGAGUGAUGUCUCUACGAUGCCUCCCAGCUCUGACUUCAGAGACCAAGAUCGAAUUUCAAAAGGAAAAGGAAAGGAAAGGGAGGACAAAAAGAGAGGUGCGAGGCCAGCGGAGCUUGAGUUGGGAGAUCGCGUACUCAUGAGAAACCUGCUUCCCGGAAACAAACUGAGUACCACGUUUGACCCCACGGAAUUCGUCGUUCUAGAAAAGAAGGGAUCUGCGGUGGUCAUCGAGGACCCGGAAUCCGGACGGCGUCUCCAGCGAAACGUGGCACACUUGAAGAGGGUUACACCACCUGAGGAGGAUGACACUGACGGAGCUGAGUCUGGAUCUGUGGGGACUGGGACUCCGACAUCGGUGGAAUGCCAUGGCAACGCCGACCAGGAGAUCCCCGCUCCACAAACCCAAACAGCAACACGCAACAGACCCACCAGGAAGAAGAAGAAGCCCCAGAGAUUGGAAUACCGGGAGCUGGGGGGAUCGCAUCCCAAACAUGGAAAAAAGGAGGGAUGUGGUGAUGCACCCUGUGGGGAUGGACCCGAAGAGGUUCGGUAUGUUUCGGAAGAGAUGUCAGAUGAGAGAUGUGAUGUGUAA